AUGGAUGAGAACAAAGAAGGUUCAAGAGGCAUCAUCAGUGACCUCAUGAUCCGUCGUAUGAAGAAUCGAGAAAGGCAACGCAAGUAUAGAGAGAGGAAACUGCUGAGAGAUGAAGCGGAGUCGGAAGCAGAGAGUUAUGGCUACGUUGAGAACUUUGCGCGGCGUGUUUACUGCUGCAGAGACUGGAAACAAGAUGCUAGGAAGGUUCACUUGAUGAACAUAACUCAUUCUCAGAGAGAUUGGAAAGCAGAAGCUAGGAAGAUGAAAAUUUGA